AUGUUUGCGGCGGCGAGUUUUGUAUCGUCAUCAUCCUUCUUGGCGAACGGCUCUUCGUCGUCUUUGCGGACUUUUAGGACGAGUAAUACUACGAAUACUAAUACUACGAAUAGCGGGAAAAGAGGUGAGUUGCACGUGUUAUGCGCGGCGAGCAAGUCUCGAGCGAAAAAACGGGCGGCGAAAUUGAGCGGCGACGACGGCGACGACAACGCUGCGGGAGGAGGAUUAAAAAAAGAAACAUCAAUGUCCAAGCAACAAAAGGAUAAGCUGAGAAAGCAACGGUCGGAAAAGUUACGCGCGAUCGUUUCCAGCGAAGGGAGAAGGUACGAGAAGAUUCAGAAAGAUUUCUCGCUGACGAGAGACACGGCGAGAGAAUACGUGCUCUCGGUGAGACAGAAAGGAGGAGGAGGCGGCGAAGGCGGCGAAGGAGAGAGCGUACUUUUACCGCUGUUAACGGAUUGGCUCCCGGUGGCGGAGAUCUUAGUCGCCGACCGCGUUUCGUUGGAAGCGACCAUGGCGUUUAAGAAACUCGGGAUGGAUAUGCCGGAAACGGACGACAACCCGAACGAGCCGAAGAAAAUCGACGGCGUCCCGGCGGUGACGGCGAUGUUGCCGGGGAGGAAAACGGAGAUUUGCGCGAUGGCGUUUAACAUCGCCGGAGCACCGUUGAGAGAUAUCGAACACGUAGAGUUGGAGUAUGGGAUUGAAGAUUGGGGGUCGUUUGAAAAUUGCGUGGACGGGUUAGCCGCGAGAAGCGGCGACGACGGCGCGUUGGAUCGAGCGUACGCGAAGAUUGGCGCCACCGCGAACGAAGAGCCGAGGGAGAUCAAAGCGAAAUACCGCAAAUUAAUCGCCACCGCGCAUCCAGACAGAAAUCCAGACGCCGACGUCGCGGAAUUCAACGCGAUUAAAGACGCGUACGAGUUAAUCGUGGGCAAAGAUUGCGGCGGCGCCUCCUUCGAAGGUCUGGGCACCAACCGGGACUUUAUCGUUUUAGACGGCACGCCGGCGCACUUCGGCGACGCGAACAAUAAAAAUAAGAUGGAGUUCAACGAAAAAACCAUCUUGUUCGCCAUGAGAUCGUUAGUCGGUUACGACCGAGUCGGUCAACACUUCAACGCCAGAAAUUUACGACUGGCUAAAGCCAAAGGCAUGUAG